CUGGCAGGGAUAUACCAACCACCACUCUCAGCCUAUGGAUGGUGUCGUGGCUCACAGCCUCAACCAAUGGCGGGCCUGCCUGAAGGACGCCUCCCAGCUCAACCUGCUGCUCUGCAAGCCCCUCCCUGAACCCCACUACGCCUGGUUGUACCAGGGCAGGCUGGUGCACCGGCGGCAGAAGCAGCUCCAGGAGAGGGAGCCAGAGGACAUCGUACAGGACGACCAGUUCAGGAGACUGUACAGGAGGCUCCUGGGAGCAGUGACCCAGCCAGACCCCGGGGCCAAUAGGAGAACUGGGGGGCCUGAGGCCCAGCUGAGGGCCAGCAUGGACCACCUUCACCUCAACACCCAGGAUGAGGAGGAGGAGGAGGAGCUGGGCUGGGCUGCAGGCCUGGAUCAGGGCUCUGAUAGGCCUAGGGUGACGGUUAGAACACGCUACAGAACCAAAGACAGGAAGGACCGGUCCAGAAACCCAGAGCUGUGGAGGAAGCAGGAGAGGGAGGGGUGGUUGUGAGCAGGAAGGGGCGGU